ACCCUGAAUCUGGCUAAGGCAGCUAAGCGUUUCAGAUAGGGCGCCCCUUCCUUAGCUAAUGGGUCUGGGUUGAUCUGCCUCAUGACCCCCAUACAAAGUAUGCUCGGGUGGAGCGCUGAAGAUACUUGCUUCUAUGCUAUCGAGGGUGAUGCGGCGGUUUUGGCCUCGGAAUUUUCUCGAUCUUAACUUACUUUUCCUGUAGCAUGAUAUCUUCUCGCCUCAGAUCUCCUAGCCCGUUGCAGCCAUGAUCUGCCUCAUCUAGUCUAGAUCUCGAGACCCCACGGCCGUUUCAUUUACCUGAUUCUUGCCCAGAAACCGUACAUAUUACCGUUAUUGGUGGUUGACGGCGUUUUUCAAGCCAUUGCCAGAUCUAUAGCCGCUGACUCAUUGUAUCAAGUGCCAGCAGCCAAGACCACGAUGGCGAGGAGGAUAGAUGUAUCCAUCAGAAACAAAUUAAUCGAUUGGGUAACAAUGUAACCAUUAGGAAAGUCCAUUAGCCAAUGCGAAACGCCAUGAUCAGUCGAUUACCUUUUUGUCAGGGUCAUACAAUGUAUAAAACCAGGCCUAAGACCGGUGCCUUUUCGUAUCCAGAUCACUCACUCCUUUCUUUCCUUUUUUAUCUUCUCCCUCCUUUUCUCCGUUCAGGAUGUCAUUCAUUCAACUCGUUCAUUUCUUCGGUCUUUUGACCUUGGCUGCUGGCAAGCCGGUUCUUAUUCCGAGGCAGGCUUCGGGAGCGCCGCAGGACGGUGCUCGCAACCUGAUCGAUGUUCAGCUGCAGGCGCUCGGAAACUCGACUGUGAAAGCCUUCAUCACGAAUAUUGCCGAUGAGAAUCUCCGUGUUGUCAAGAGGGGUGGUCUCCUCGAUAACGAGCUUCCCACCAAGAAGGUGGCUGUGUCUGGAUCUGGUGGCAACCCAACUUUCACCGGUGCAGAAGUCGACUACAUCAACUCGCACCUGAAUGAUGACGCCUUCAUGGAACUCGCCCCGAAGCAAACAAUCGAGUCCAUCUUCGACAUCGCCGACUCCCACGACCUGGUUGCCGGACAGAAGUACUCCGCGAUUGCGGACGGCAAUCUCGAAUACACGAAGCUGGACAACCCCAAGAAGUUCUUCGUCGUACCUUACACAUCCAACACCAUCGACUUCGAUGCUCCCGAGGACUCUGCCAACCGCCUUGCUACCCGCGCCACCCUCGAAGGCUGCAGUGGCGAACAGAACAAGCUGAUGCAGGAAAACCUUGCACAGGCCGCCAAGAUGGCCGAGGCCGCCGCUGCGGAUGCCCGCGACGGUAGCAGUGGACUGUUCCAGAAGUUCUUCAAGUCCCAGGACGAGGCUGACAAGAAGGAGGUUGCGGAGCGCUUGGAGGCCAUUGCCAAAGAAGCAACAUCCAAGGGCACAUUGAACUACUACUGUCAACCAUCGGCGCAGGAUUCCUGCGGCGGCAACAUUGCGGCCAUUACAUACCCAACACUAAACCGUGUGGUCAACUGCCAAGCAUAUUAUGAGACGCAGCAGGUGGUGAACCAGUGUGGAUAUCUGGAUCAGGCGGCUAUCUCGCUCCAUGAGUUCUCGCAUGCUACCAGCGUCUAUGCGCCGGGUACGGAGGAUGUUGUGUAUGGGCUUGAUGGUGUGCUUCAAUUGAGCACUGCGCAGGCCAAGAAUAACGCCGAUUCAUUUGCUUACUAUGCUAACAGUGUUUUCAACAACUGCAGUGCUGAUGGUAACCAGAAUGGAAACCCUGGUACUCAGCCCGGCUCUUCGACUGGAAUGAAUAAUGGAGGUGGCUUUACCAUCCCCUGGGAACAAGGAACUGGUCAAGGAAAUGAGCAGGGAGGUAACCAGGGAGCCGGUCAGCAAACUGGUGGCUCAACUGGAAUGGAAAAUGGAGGUGGCUUUACCAUCCCCUGGGGACAAGGAAUUGGUCAAGGCAACGAACAGGAAGUUAACCAGGGCGCCGGUCAGCAGACCAACCAGGGCGGCAUGGCACCUUGGGGACAGCAAGGUGGCACCGCGCAAGGCACCACACAGCCCGGAUCCGAAUGGCCCGCUGGCUUCGACAACCUUCCCUGGUCCUUCAACAACCCUGAGCAGGGUGCCCAGUCCAAUGGCGGUCAAUUCUCCAACGAGUGGCAGCCCGUUUCGAAUGAGUAUGAGGAGGUUUCGACUUCCCCAUCUGGUUAUUUUCCCGUUGGUGCCUUCGAAGCCCCCGAGAGAUCUCAAGGUUUUGAACUUGGUGAAGGAAGUGGCUGGUUCAAGAGGGAUCAGUAGGUCAAACGAUGCAUUGGCCCACCGGUGACAAUGGUGACAACAUAUCAAGUUUGUAUUCGUAUAGGUAGUGACUACUAGAAAGGCAAUUAUAAUAGAGAAAACAUGAUGCGAGCCGUCAUCGAAGAGCAGAUCUCAGAGAAACAGAAAAGGCUAAGUAGAA